AUGUCUCUCUGGGUAGACAAGUACCGCCCGCGCUCCCUCGACGAUCUCCACUAUCACGAUGGCCUCUCAUCUCGUCUCAAGUCCCUUGCAGCAUCGGGUGACUUUCCGCAUAUUCUUUUCUACGGUCCGUCGGGCGCUGGCAAGAAGACAAGAAUAAUGGCGACCCUGCGAGAGCUGUAUGGCCCUGGUGUCGAAAAGCUUCGAAUCGACCAAAGAGUAUUUGUCACCCCCUCCAACCGCAAACUCGACGUCAAUGUCGUCCAAUCCAAUUACCACAUCGAACUUACCCCCUCCGAUGUCGGCAUGUACGACCGUGUCGUCAUUCAGGAUAUUCUCAAGGAGAUUGCGCAAACGCAGCAGGUGGACUUGAAUGCGAAGCAAAGGUUCAAGGUGGUCAUCAUCAAUGAGGCCGAUGCUCUUACGCGAGAUGCCCAAGCGGCGUUGAGAAGGACUAUGGAAAAGUACAUGAACAACAUGAGGCUCAUCCUCUGUUGUAACAGUACGAGCAAGAUCAUUGCUCCCAUUCGGAGUCGAUGUCUGCUCAUGCGCGUUGCCGCCCCUUCAGAUGAAGAGAUGAACCAAGUGCUCAAUCACGUCGCCAAAAAGGAGCGAUUUUCACUCCCCUCCUCCGCCUCAUCUGCCAUCCUCACCACCUCCCAAGGCAAUCUUCGCAAAGCCCUCCUCGUCCUCGAAGCCAUGCGCAUGCAAAAACCCGACCUCUCUGGAGAUAUUGAAGUGGCCAAGCCGGAUUGGGAGACGUAUUGUGGAAAGGUAGCGGAUGCGAUUUUGCAAGAGCAGUCGGCGCCGAGGUUGUUGGAGGUCAGGGGCAAGCUCUACGAGCUGUUGAGUCACUGCAUACCGCCGACUGUCGUGUUGAAGACGAUCUCUGAAAGAAUAGUGGACAAGGUGGAUGACACUUUGAAACCACAAAUCGUUCACUGGGCUGCCUACUACGAGUUGAGAAUGAGACAAGGAUCAAAGAAGAUCUUCCACCUGGAAGCCUUUGUUGCCAAAGUCAUGACUGUCUACAAGCAGUACACCUUAAUGGGUAUCGCCGAGGACUUUGAGUAG